CGAAAGGCCAACACCCCCACCACCCACACUUUUGCACAGUGCCAGCAACCAGCCAGCAACACACCACCACCUCGCACGAUGCUCUCCGCACGCAGCGUUGUCAGCAAGGCACGCCUUGCCUCCGUGGCCAGCCGCCGCUGGGCAAGCGACGUGGCCACAUUCACAGCCAAGCAAGAGUACAAGGGCCACAAGAUCGACGACCUUCCCUCUGGCACAGCAGAGUUCACCAAGGAGGAGGCAUGGAAGUACUUCAAGGACAUGUCCGUCAUCCGCCGCAUGGAGACCACCGCCGGCGAGCUCUACCGCUCCAAGUACAUUCGCGGCUUCUGCCAUCUCUACUCUGGACAGGAGGCCGUCUGCGUCGGCAUGAUGGCGGGCAUGAAGCCUGAAGACUCGUUCAUCACCGCCUACCGCUGCCACGGCUGGGCGUACUGCCACGGUUACAGCGUCAAGCAGAUCCUUGCCGAGCUCUUUGGCAACUCUGCUGGUGCAUCCCAGGGUCUUGGUGGCUCCAUGCACUUUUACGGCGACAAGUUCUAUGGCGGCAACGGCAUCGUCGGUGCCCAGGUUCCCGUUGGUGCAGGCGUUGCGCUCGCCCACCAGUACGCGAACGACAACGGCGUGUGCUUCACCAUGUACGGUGACGGCGCCGCCAACCAGGGCCAGGUGUUUGAGGCAUACAACAUGGCCAAGCUGUGGAACCUCCCCUGCGUGUUUGUGUGCGAGAACAACAAGUACGGUAUGGGCACAAGCGCCUCCCGCGCUGCCGCCUCUGUCGACUACUACACGCGUGGCGACUACGUUCCAGGCAUCUGGGUUGAUGGCAUGGACAUUGUUGCCGUGCGCGAGGCGACCAAGUGGGCCUCGGAGUACGCCAGCAAGAACGGCCCGCUGGUGAUGGAGGUUGAGACGUACCGCUACCACGGCCACAGCAUGAGCGACCCCGACACCACAUACCGCACGCGCGACGACAUCAAGAAGGUGCGCACGACCUUUGAUCCGAUUCUUCUCUUCCGCAACCACAUGGUCGAGGCCGGUUUCGCCACAGAGGACGAACUCAAGGCGGCAGAGAAGGAGAUUCGUGCGUCCGUGAAGGCGGAGGCAGACGAAGCACUUGCUGCACCGCCCACGUCACAGGACCUCCUCACCAAGUUUAUCCACAUUGAGGAGACGAACAACGUGCGCGGGUGUGAUCUGUACACGGUGUACAACCAGAAGUAAAGAGGACCGACCAUUCGUUCCCCCUUUGAUUCUGCUCUGCACUUCACGCGCUGCUUCUGGUGUCGCUGUCACUGCUGACUUGCCCCCCCCCCCUUCGUUGUUGUUGCUGUUGCCAGGUGAGGGCGUGUGUUGUGUUGUAUGGUGAUGAUUUCAUGUGAUGUGUAUGGACCCCAAUAACCCCCUUGCUGAUCAGCGAUGCCAGCGCUCACGUCACAGCACGCUGGCGUCGGGUCUCGCCUGCUGUUGUGUUGAUUUCCCUCCGACUGUUGUAUUGGAUGGUGUACAAGUAAAGCGCAACACGAGCAAACAUCCAC